AGAGCUGCACGGUUGCGCAGUGGAUGCCGACGAAAGGAGACGCACUGCGAGAGUCACAGUUAAACCGCAUUACAAGAUGGCAGGACUGCCCCGCAGGAUUAUUAAGGAGACGCAGCGCUUACUGGCGGAGCCUGUACCCGGGAUCAAGGCGGAGCCUGACGAGGGAAACGCCCGCUAUUUCCAUGUGGUCAUCGCUGGACCCCAGGAUUCUCCCUUUGAAGGAGGGACUUUUAAACUUGAACUUUUUCUACCAGAAGAAUAUCCAAUGGCAGCUCCAAAAGUACGCUUCAUGACCAAAAUAUACCACCCUAAUGUAGACAAGCUGGGGAGAAUAUGCCUAGACAUUUUAAAAGACAAGUGGUCCCCUGCCCUGCAGAUUCGCACAGUUCUGCUAUCAAUCCAGGCAUUACUAAGUGCUCCCAAUCCUGAUGAUCCAUUAGCUAAUGAUGUUGCAGAGCAAUGGAAAACUAAUGAAGCUCAAGCCAUAGAGACAGCCCGCACAUGGACCAGGCUUUAUGCAGGAAACAACAUUGAAGUUUAAAAGUUGAAGUGUGAGCACAACUCCUGCUCUGCCAAGACUCCUGAUUUGUUUGUUUUGCAUUUAAAGGACACAGUCUUAGAAAAAAAUGAAACCAGUAAAGAAUAUUAAACAGAAAACGAAACAAACUUAAGAUCAUUUGUUGAUUUAAAUGCACAUUAGCAACUGUCUUUGUCCUGGUUCACUGUUUGUAAGCAUGGGCAGAGGCCUGUGACUUGCCAUGUGGCUUUUUACCUUGGGUUGGAUGCCUGGUGACCUUCGCUACACCCGGCUCGCUACACCUCCCGCCUGACCCAGCAUAGUGUCAGUGCAGAGUAUUUUCUGUUUUUCCUGUGAUGGUCUUGAUUUUCGAAAUGCAGCUAACUAGCCUGAUCUAUAUCAUCCCCCUCAGCCUGGAACAGUUAAUGUCUUUAGCUGCUAUAGAGCGAGCAAAGCUUGUCUUGGACAAAAAUAAAGGAAUGAAACAACUUUCAAAAAGAAAAAGCCACUUUCACCAUCACUUAUACCGUUGGGCAGCUGUCAGUGUAGACUAAUAUAGGCUUGAGACUUGUAUGGCUUGUCUGGGGAAAAAAGAAAAUGUAAAUUUUGUUUUAGUAAAAUAUUUUUGUUAUUCUGUUUGGUCUUAGAAUUUUAUUUAUCUCACUGUUGCCAUUGCCAUACAAUUCUUGAUUCUUGAAGUUACAUAAGUGCUGUGUUUUUCAUCCUGCCCCAGUCUGCUGUUGUCAUUGUCCGUGAUCCAAAUUACAAGAAUUUUUGCUUUCCUGUUAGGCAACAUGCUGAGUUUUUUUAUUUUAAGAUUUAAGGCUUCACUCACUUGGUUAAGACUGUAAUAAAUUCAUUGAUUGUAAUUUCAUUCUUCAUAAAAAACACAUGGUUUCCUCCUCUUUUUAAAAUGCUUAAGUCUAAAUCCACCCAUUUGUGUAAAUAAAUUCUGUUGAGUAAGACUUUGUUAAGCAGUAUGUUUGUAUGACCAACAGCUUUUGCAGGAUAGAUGUGGCUGGGCUCAUCUGGACCAUGAUCCUUUGUGCUUAUAACCGGGAUGACCUCGCAUGAUGUGUUUGUGUGGUAAAACGACAGCUUCUUUAUUAGAAUUUGCAUUAUAGUCUUAGUGGUGUGGCUAAACUUACACAUGACACAAAUUUGGUGUUCACGUGUAGGUCUGAUACGGAGUCAGUCCUUAUAAAACAAUUUGCAUUGGGUUUUUUCCACUUUUAAGGAGAAAUAGUUUUUGCUUACUUGCUGGCUGUGUAAAAAUUAUGGUCCAAAAAUGUUAGAUGCAGGGUUUCCAGUUCUGUUUAGACUGUAUACCAACCUUUGCAUUUUGGCUAUGGUCUCUCAACCAUUGCAGGCAGGCAGUUUCCUUUUUCUGAGAUCCCUCUACAGCAAUUUCAAUUAGCUGAUUGCUCUUAAGUGCCUGUAGUGAUUGCUAUAAAAUGCCAUUAUACGAUAAGUGAAAAGUGAAGUGCUGGGUUUGAGUUGGCAGACAGCUUUUUAUGAUUGAUUGAUUGUAUUUUUAUGUUUGGAAUUUAUUUGGCCUUUUUUUCUCGGUUAGAAGUUAGUCACGUGUUCUUUUCAGAUGAUUACACGUAUUUGCAUGUAAGUUUUGUUGCUUUUACUUUUGCAGUGUUAAGUUUAUUUUUUACUUGCCUGGUCCACUGCUCACGCAAACAUAAUGAAGGUAGCAUAUGUGCAAGCUUUCCAGCUCUCUUAAGUUAAUAACAUUGGCUGCAUUUGUUCAGUUGCAGGCUGUUGAGCUGAUGCUCAAGUAGUUUGAUAACUUUUCAUAGUGAUAAAUUGCAUAAACCAGAGGCUACAGGUAAGAAAUAACAUUGUAUAUUGAGUUUCACUAUAGUGGGUGGGAUUAAUGCUCUGGUCUGGGGACUCCGUCUGUUUGCACCUGAGGGCUUAUUCCAGGUCUGCUCAAUAGACAUUAUAUGUUGAUUGUAUUUUAAGUUUUUAUAUAUUUAUUUUUUAUUUUGAGUUUGUAAUAAAAGCAUACAUUUGUUUGCAAA